AUCUCCACCCUUUUCCCUUCUUCUUCCCCGAGCGUCUCUCCUCUCUUCCUCUGCCGCGCGACUCCCGGAGAGAGACAGAGAGCCCACCCCGCACGAGACAGGCGCAGAGCGAGCGCUUUUCCCUCCGAGAGGAUGAGCAGCUGCAGCAGCCUGUCGCCGGUGAUGGCGAGGUCGGCCAGCAGAGGGGAGCACAGGAGCGGCGGCGGCCGGUUCAGGGCGGAGAUCGAGAUGGACAGAGGCGUCGCGCUUCUCAGGAGCCCGGAGCUGGGGUUCGCCGCCGCCGUGCGAGAGCCGCUGGUGAGGCUUCAGCGCCCCAGGUUCGACUUCGAGAGGUGGGACUGGGAGUACUUCGCAUGGCCGCACGACCGUCCCGAUGCCAAUCUGGAGAUGAGGGACAGCGAUCCGACGGCCACAUUUGAGGCGGACCGCAAGGAGAUCGAGGGAUUCCUGAGCCGGAGCACGCUACAGUUGGAGGCAAGCCAGAGCACGGCGGAGCUAGAGGCGAGCCAGAGCACGCCGCAUUUAGAGGCCAUACAAGGCAUCCUGGACCAGACCAUGCUGCAUCUAGAGGCAGAUGGGGGCAUCCCGAGCCAGAGCACGCCGCUGCCAGAGGCCAGCGAAGGCUUCCCGAGCCCGAGGACGCCGAAGCUAGAGAUUGACGACGACAUGCUCUUCGGGCAUGGCGCCCCGUGGCGUCGGGGAUGCGCAGAGUCCAACCCAUUCCUGCUGGAGCAUUGCAAGGCACUGCAGGGUCGUUGUGCAUUCUAGGAGCGAGACACGCAUCAUGAUCAUAUCCCCUUGUCUGCAAUGCGCUGACAAUCUGAUGAUUCAUAGGAUGGACAUGGAUGAUGAUGCAUCUGGCAUCGAGAAGCUUGCCGAUCGGGGUACAGUCCGACCAGCGUUACAGUUCAGAAACUGGGACAGGUAGAGGUUUUGGUUCACAACUGCUUAGACAGAAAUUUCCUUCACAGCAGGAUUAGCAUUGCGGUUCAUAACUGUGACAGGAACACGUUUUGUUCAGAGAUGUUAGAAAUAAACUUUCUUUACAGUGGGAUUAGCAUUGCGGUUCAGAAAUGUGACAGGACCCAUUUUUUGUUCAGAGAUGUUAGAAACAAACUUUCUUUACCAUAGGAUUUGCAUUGCAUUUCACAACUGUGACAGGAACAAGUUUUGUUCAGAAAUGUUAGUAAGAAUCUUUCAGUAGAGAUAUGCACACUUAUGUGAACUGUUCA